AUGAAGAAUAAAAUUAAAGAAGAAUUACAAGAUCCCAAAAUGACAGAAGACAAUGUGAAGCAUGAGUUUAUUCAAAAAGAGAUGAAAGAAACGAAUUCAAACGUUAAUACCAAAAUGACAACCACGUCUAAAAAACGAACAAACAGUUCUGAUGAAAGUCUUGAAAAAGACAUAAAGCGGAAGCCGAUCAAAGCUCGAAGAAACUCGCGAAAUGAAUCGCCUGUGUCUUUACGUGAACGUUCACCAUAUCUAAAAGAUUUGCAUUGGUAUAUUGAUACAUUUCAUACAGCUAGAAGAGAACGCCGACGAAAAAAGGGUAAGCUUAGAGGAACGAAAGCUCAAAAGGUGAUUGCGAAAAACAUUUCUGAAGUUUUCUUUGAUCCAAAGUACUGGAAAAUCGUUGAUGUCAAAGAUAAGGGUUGGUUGUUCAUAGAGGAUUUUUACCCUAGUAUAAAGCUUAUCAUUAAUGACAUAGUGACAUUUGACAUACCAUCUUUUUAUUCUAAGGGAAGGAAUGAGAUAAAAAAUGUAGUUACUCUCAUGGUCCCAGGAUUUGAUCCUGGAAUGUUUGGUAUGUCGGCUGAAUUGGCCAUUAAGAUUAACAGACCAAUCGAAAUUUCACAACUCUUAGAAAGAGGAUUAUACGGAGAUCAAACGCAAAAUGUGCAUGAGGUACUUCCGAUGCUUUCUCAAGUAUUCUCACAUGCAUGUGUUACACAAGCUCCUGGUGAAAACGGGAGACUACACUCUUCUUUUUUCAGUUUGAUGUCCUGUUAUAUACCUGAAGGUAUGAAUUCUCACCCAGUAAAUCUAAUUCAACAAAGAAUUUUAAAAUGCCUAUUAACCCAUGAGCAAAUGAGAGAUAAUUGCUAUCCGAUUCCCUCAUACAUUGAUAAAGAUAGUAAAUCUUUGCCUCCUGGUUGGAUCGAGAUUAGUUAUCCAGAAUACCGACCUCCUUCUCAAGAACAAUAUUUGGACGGAAGUGUUGAAUUAAAGAUUCUGGCUAUUGAUUGUGAAAUGUGUAUUACGGCAGAUGGUCCAGCCCUAACUCGUGUAUCGAUAGUUGAUGACAAACUUAAGGAAAUAUUGCGUGAUGUUACCGUUACCAUCAAAGACGUUCAAAUUCAGAUUAGUGAGUUGGUCGACAAGCAUACCGUUUUGGUGGGACAUUCUCUUGAAUGUGACUUGAAAGCAUUACGGUUUGCACAUCCAUUUAUAAUUGACACGUCAAUUCUUUAUUCCGACCCCCGCAAUUCGUACAAACCAAAGCUGAAAAAUCUUGCAAAAAUGUGGCUUGAUAGAAAUAUCCAAUCUAAAGGAUCUCGUGGACAUGAUUCUAUUGAAGACGCUAUGACUUGUAUUGAUCUCCUAAAAAUGAAAUUAAAUCUAGGUCUAGACUUUGAUAAAACUCAUGAAUCCAUUUUUGAACGUAUAUCUCGUAUGACUAACAGUACGACUGCAGUCGUUGAUCGUGAAGCUAAAACUAAUUUAUAUGUAGAUGGAGCUAAAAAGGUUGUAACAUGCAAAACUGAUGAUGAAGUGUUGGAUGCCCUAACAGGAAUAAUAAGCAACGACCAAAAAAAAUUGUAUAACUUUGUAUUUGGACGAUUUCUCGACCUUAAAGCUCUUCCUGAUGACAUGUAUGGGCGAAUUAAUCUUGUGAAAAAACUUGAUGAAAGAAUCAAUAAGAUAUACGAUAAACUUCCAGCUAGAACAAUGUUUAUAAUUACUAGCGGUGGGGGUGAUUCUAAGGAGUGGUUAACGCUUAAAAGUAAAAGGCAAGAACAAUUUAGUGAUUGGACAAAACAUAAUGAACAAGAACUUCAAAAUGCUUAUAUUAAAGCUAAAAUUGGAUUUAGUUUCUUUAGGCUAAAAUAA